AGAAGAGGAGGAGGAGGAGGAAAAAAAGGAGGAAGAAGAGGGAGAGUUGUGUGUUUGUGUCAGGGCCGGGCGUGGUGUACGUGCCGAGCGCGCUGUGCGACCCGUCCUGCUCUCCUCAGCCCUCAGGCGGGCCGGGCCUCGGGGGCCUCCUGAGGCGAGCAGGCCCCGACGACAGCAGCAGCAGCACCUCCUCCUCCUCGUCCUCCUCCUCCUCCUCCUCCUCUUCCUCGCGGGGCGGCCAUGAGGCGGCGGCGGUGAGGAGGAGGAGGAGGAGGCGGUCGGGGCGAAGCGACGGGCGGGCCGCCGGGCCCUCGGCCGCCCCGCCAUGGCCCACGACAGCGGCGGGAGCGAGCGGGACCGGCAGUACUGCGAGCUGUGCGGGAAGAUGGAGAACCUGCUGCGGUGCGCCCGCUGCCGCAGCUCCUUCUACUGCAGCAAGGAGCACCAGCGGCAGGACUGGAAGAAACACAAGCUCAUCUGCGGGCACGGGGGGCCCGCCGAGCAACCACCACCGACGGCACCACCACCGGCACCAGCACCACCACCACCACCACCGGCGGCUGCCGCCGCCGCCUCCUCCGGGCCCGACGAGCCGGUGUACCCCCCGGGCGGCCCGCGGCCCAACGGGCAGACCAAGCCCCUGCCCGCCCUGAAGCUGGCCCUGGAGUACAUCGUGCCCUGCAUGAACAAGCACGGCAUCUGCGUGGUGGACGACUUCCUGGGCCGGGAGACCGGCCAGCGGAUCGGCGACGAGGUCCGCGCCCUCCGCGACACCGGCAGGUUCACCGACGGCCAGCUGGUCAGCCAGAAGAGCGACUCGUCCAAGGACAUCCGCGGAGACAAGAUCACCUGGAUCGAGGGCAAGGAGCCCGGCUGCCGCGCCAUCGGACGCCUCAUGAGCAGCAUGGACGACCUCAUCCGACACUGCAACGGGAAGCUGGGCAACUACAAGAUCAACGGACGCACAAAAGCUAUGGUGGCUUGUUACCCAGGCAACGGGACAGGUUACGUGCGUCACGUUGAUAAUCCAAACGGAGAUGGAAGAUGCGUCACGUGUAUAUAUUACCUUAAUAAAGAUUGGGACGCCAAGGUGAGUGGAGGUAUUCUGCGAAUUUUCCCAGAAGGCAAAGCCCAGUUUGCCGACAUUGAACCCAAGUUCGAUCGACUGCUGUUUUUCUGGUCAGAUCGUCGCAACCCUCACGAAGUGCAACCUGCAUUUGCUACAAGGUACGCAAUCACAGUGUGGUAUUUUGAUGCAGAUGAACGAGCGCGAGCUAAAGUAAAAUAUCUAACAGGUGAAAAAGGUGUGAGGGUGGAACUGAAUAAACCUUCUGAUUCCGUGGGGAAGGACGUUUUAUAAAGGCCCCUGCUCCAGCCACGCUCUCACGACACCCACCGUCUAAACGGGGCAGACACUCUGUUGACGCGUGACUGGCGGCGGGGCCGAGGAAACCGGGCGACCGUCGGGCAGCCUUCAGAGGAAGGAAGGAAGGACGAGAGAGAGCGGUGUCUCGGUGCGGCGCCGGACCGGAACCCGUCACCGCUCCGGCCCCCCGAAAACCGAGCGUCUGGGAGGUAUCGGAGCAGGCGGCCGCUGAGGCCGCCCGGCAUGCCCACGGGUCGCGCGGCCCGGGCAGGAGCGGCCAGGAGUCCCGCUCACCCGCUCUUCCACAGUCGGCCGGGAGGCCCCCCUGCUGUCUCUCUACAGCCCACCCUCUCCUCUCUCCCCUUUUUCUAGUCAGGUCUGAAUCGGGGGGGUGGGGGGAAAGGGUGAUUUUUUUUUUUUUUUUGGAAAUAUGACCAGGUACCGUCUCUCUGAGCGAAUUGAGUAAAAACCGCAGUAUUAUUCCCCCAAAUAGCAUCAAUCUAUUUUUGUAAACCUGUUCGUACCGUCCUCCUCGGCCCUGAAAAGAUCUAAUCGAGCCGGCUAGCUGCCAGUAACCGAAGAUCACUUUAAUAUCCUUCCAUCUUCAAGUCGGAGCAGGAGCACUUUAAUUGCCAGCUGGAAUCGGGUCGUCUCGUGGUCAUAGCUUACACUAAUUGGAACUCUGAAACGAUCGCUGCUGCUGUUUUGUUUCUUGAUCCUGUCCUUAAUGAAACUCUUAACCGGAAAGAAAGAUCGCUAGCACUCUC